CAACGGAACAUUCCAUGGCCGAUCCAAGCAGCACGUGCACGCCUUCUUCUUCUUCCACGUCGCCGCGGCUCACCACCGGCGUCGUCAACUUCUUGGCGCGCCGUGCCAUGACCACGCACCACCGAGCAGCAGCGGCGGCAGCAGCAGCAUUUCCCCUCCACUCGCCGGGCUCCUCCACCGGCUCCGCCGACUCCGUGCCGUCUACGUGGAGCACCUGCCAGCACCACGCCCCGGCCACGCCGCCUCCGCUGCCGUUCGACACCAGCGACGCCGACGAGAAGCUCCUGCUCAGCAUGCUCUCCCGGCACCAGGGCGCCUCCGCGCACGGGGCAGCGGUGGAGCCGCUGAAGCAGGAGGCCACCGACGCCGCGGUGGACGCCGGGCGCGCGUUCCGCGGCGUGCGGAAGCGGCCAUGGGGCAAGUUCGCGGCGGAGAUCCGGGACUCGACGCGGAACGGGGUCAGGGUGUGGCUGGGCACGUUCGAGAGCCCGGAGGCGGCGGCGCUCGCCUACGACCAGGCGGCCUUCGCCAUGCGCGGCGGCGCCGCCGUCCUCAACUUCCCCGCCGACCAGGUCCGCCGCUCGCUCGAGGGCGCGGGGGAAGACGUGCGCGGCCGCGCCCACGGGGUGUCGCCCGUGCUGGCGCUCAAGCGGCGGCACUCCAUGCGGAGCCGAAAGGCCACGGCGUCGUCGCCGUGCCGCAAAAUAGCCAAGUCCGCCCGUGGGCGGCCGGAGGGCGUGGCGAUGGAGCUGGAGGACCUUGGCGCGGAGUACCUCGAGGAACUGCUCGGCGCCGCCGACGGCAUGACGGCCUCGGCCUCCGGUUCAUGGCGCUCGAGCAAUCAUUCCAUCUGAUGCAAGAAGAGAGUUGGCAACGAUGGAUUGAUCGCCAUUUGUGUAGUUCUUUCUUCGGUCUCCCCUUCCCUGUUGCUGUUGCUGGUCGGGUCUCGUUCCAGAAUUUAGAUAGCUUCUGUAGGAUUGAGAAAAGGUUUGCUGUUUUUGUGACAAAUGUUUGGGUUUGAAUCCAGUCAAAAUGAAUGCAUGGUUGUAGAUAGUUC